AUGGGUUGGCCAGAUGGGAUGACGAUUGACACAGAUGAACACCUUUGGGUAGCCUGUGUCGGAAUUGGAAAGGUCAUCUGCUUUGAUCCCGUUACAGUUGACAUUGUGCCCAUUCGUACAAAGCUAAGAGAAGUAAUCAUCCCUGCACCAAGAACAACGUCCUGUUGUUUUGGAGGAAAACAUAUGGACGAGCUAUAUGUCACUACUGCGACGUUGAGGGCUCUAGAAGACGAAUUUAACAAAUAUCCCUUAUCUGGAUCAAUAUUCAAAGUCACGGAACUUGGGGUUAAAGGUUACCCUGCCAACGUUUACCGGAGUAUUGCCACGAGUGGACUGUAA